AUGCUUGUGCGCAUCUCUUCUCUCAUCAACGGUCAGGCCUUCAAUGGCGUCAUUCCGUCGAAUGAAUCUGCUGCUGGUGAGGCCUUGCGGCUCCCUCGCCGCACCUAUUCCAGGCACUCUUACUCUUCGCCCUCAGCUAAUGACGCCAGAAUUUUCCGCAGUCUGUUCCCGGUUACUGUGCGUUUGCCUAACAAUCGUGUGGUGGAAGUCAAAGUUUUCUCUAACCCGAACGAGGAGUUUACGAUCGCUCGAGCCAGGGGCGAUACCCAUCUGGUCCUCCGCAACGUGCCCCUGGGCUACUCUCCUGACCGCCUGCGCAGUACCCUCCUGGCGGAUACGACCGAGGCCGGCCUGCCCUGCCUGUCCGACCUCCGCCUGUUCCAUCGGCUCAAAGACCCGUACGACGAGUCUGCGUAUUCUCAGCUGCUCGGGCUUCCCGUUGCUGCGGAUGGUGACGCUGGCUUCGAUCGCAUCUCAUCAGUCCUCUGGCUUUCUCAGCAGGAGGACCCUGUGCUUCUCAAUAUUUCGUCUCACUCGUGCACCGUGUGCUCCAGACCUCUGAUCGGCCAGCAGCCUGCUCCUGCAACCUUCAAGAAAGACCCCGGGCUCCUCCUGAUCGAGGUGGAUCUGGACGUGGAAGUUUGGACGUGCUCCAUGUGCGAGUUCGAGUGUGGCUUGGCGUUGGACAGCGCCAUGUACCACCUCAACUCGGAACUUCACCGCAAGCGUCUACAGGAAUCCGCGCACCUGCCUGCGGUCAAGGACAAAUAUGGUGCCUGGAGAGUCACCACUCUCCUGCAGCACCCGCGCAUCUCUGCUUUCCGGCAGAAGUCGACAUUGAAGGCCAGAGAUGGAGCUGGUCGUUAG